UCUUACCAACAAAAAAGUGCACGUUUUAAAUACAUGUAGACGUACAUAGUUAUAAAACUAACCUAAAGUAACCUCACGUAACAAAUCUUUUAAUAUCAAGUAUCUAUCAUUCUAGUAUCAAGCACAGACGGGAUUAUAUUAAUGUCAUCUUUCUAAAAUUAUUAAUUUUUUUUGUAUAACAAAAUAAUUAUUUCCAUCUCAAUAUUUAUUUUCGAGUUUUCGCUUUAUCAAUGACGAAGCACAGUCAAUGAUAUUGUGAAAUGUGUCACUUAAUUGUCAUAGAUGUACAUGUAUUAUUGAACAUAUAUUCACCUACUUUAGUAUUAAAAUUAAUAUUUUUAUCUUUUCGAUCUUUCGAUCCGUGCGGUAUUGUACUAUGAUUUCAUAUUUCGAAAGUUUUCGUUUUUAAAAUAAUGGCGUCAAUCGAAGAACCUCGGUCAUAGAAGUUGGCAUUGCACAAUAAAUUGGACGUAAGACGAAAUAGGGUAAUUUAAUGAACGAAAAAAAGUUUUUUUUCUUCUUCUUCAUUUACUUUCUCUCUUAAUCGUCAAGUUUAAUAAAAGGACAUGAAACGUCGUAUAAAUCCAUAGAAAGCGCAUAUGGAUUAUGUUAUUUGUAAAUCAUUUAGAAAUGAGUGCACGCUAAUGUAUCAAAACAUUACCCAUAUCGCGAGAUGUUUAGCCGAAUAAUCUAUCUUGCAAGCGUUUACACUACUACGUGUAAAUAGCAUGAGCACAUCCACACAAAAAUCACCGUGUAUGUGUAUACGAGUAUAUAUCCUUCGUCCGUAAUUAUUGUUUAUCACAAAGGGAAGAGAAAUGUUGAAAAUAUGGUUAAAAGGAGUCGCACGAGCUGCGAGGAACUUAGCGAAAAACACAGGAUCAUGAAGGUGAAAGAAAGAUCUGAUCGUAAAUGAGUAAAGAAAGGAAACAAAAAAAGAUAAAGAAGAAAAGAAAAAAAGAAAAAGAAAAAAAAAAAAAUAGAAAAGAAUAAAAAAAAAGGCGAUAAGGAAGGUGAGGGUCUCGAAGGAUAAGAAAUACAUCCCUGGAUAGCUGCUUUGCUAUUCGUCAGUUGGAGUGGAAGGGACGAGAGGCAUAGAGGGGAAGUCGAGGAGGCGGGGGUACUACUUUCCGUCGAGGAGGUGAGCGUGCGUGUGCGUCUCGCGGUCGAGAUCUCGCGAGAGAAAAUGAAAUCCGAAAUGGUUAUCGCCACGCUAUGACCCGAAAAAAAUAAAUCUUUCUUUACGUCCGUGAGUGAAUAACGAUGGAUUCGCCAUACGAAAUGGAUGCCAGUGUAUCGAGAAACGAGUCUGCUAUAGCACCAGAGCUCUACUUCUUGAUAGCAAAAUUUCUCGCGGCAGGGCCAUGUCACGAGGCUGCUACGACGCUGAAGCGCGAUUUGGAGCGAGCGAAGGUUUUACCAGAAAGGCUCGAUUGGGAGGGAAAUGUGCAUAGCCAAAGUUUCCAAGAAUUGGAAAAGAAAUAUCCUCACAUAGGAUCGCAAUACUUGCUGCAAAUAUGUGCAAGAAUAGGUCCGGUUUUAGAAAAAGAGGUACCGCCAUGUAUUCCAGGAGUUAUAUCAUUACUUGGAGCUGGCAGACAAUCUUUAUUACGUACGCACGAAGAUCUAUCCCGUCGAACGCGUGGUAUCGUUGCUUGUUCUGGAAGAUUAGGAGGAAAGCCUUUUAUGGAUCUUCCUUAUAGUUUAUCAGUGACUAACAUAGUGCGUGUUCUUCAAGGAAGAGAAAACUCAGGUCCUAUGAGUCGUCAAGAAGCAAUACCAACCAAAUUUUAUAGUAAAAUGCAACUUUAUCGACAUACAUUAGGACAUUUAUCAGCAGUUUAUUGCGUUUUGUAUGAUCGAACGGGAAAAUACAUAGUAACUGGUGCAGAUGAUUUGCUUGUUAAAGUAUGGAGUUCUAUAGAUGGUCGGCUAUUAGCUACAUUUCGAGGUGCUUCAGCCGAGAUUAUGGAUAUAGCAAUAAACUUCGAUAACACGUUACUCGCAGCUGGCAGUUUAGAUCGGAUACUUAGAGUCUGGUGUUUUCAAACUAUGUCUCCUGUGGCUGUUUUGUCUGGACACUCUGGUAUGAUAACAUCUAUUAACUUCUGUCCUAUUUCUUGUAAUGGUGUUUAUUAUAUGGUAUCCACCAGUACAGAUGGUUCAGUUGCAUUCUGGUCUCAUACAAAAAAGCCAAAGGAAAGAGCAAUAUUUCAACCUAAGCCGAUUCAAUAUCAUGAAAAAAUGAGACCUGGCCAAGCUCAAAUGAUAUGUGCAUCGUUUAGUCCUGGUGGAGCUUUCAUGGCAGCAGGCUCAGCCGAUCACCAUGUGAGAGUUUAUGCAAUGUUAGGGGACGAAGGACCACGUAGAGUUUUAGAAGUAGAGGCACAUUCUGAUACCGUUGAUAGUAUUCAAUGGGCUCACAGUGGUUUAAGAUUUAUUUCUGGAUCUAAAGAUGGUACUGCAAAUGUAUGGAAUUUUGAACAACAGCAGUGGGUGCAUAAACGUCUUCUUAUGACCACAAGACUCCCCGGAGAGCCAGAAACGGACGAAGACACAAAUAAGAAGGCUAAAGUUACUAUGGUUUGUUGGGACGUAAGUGACGAAUGGGUAAUUACCGCUGUAAAUGAUAGUUCAUUGAAAGUGUGGAACUCAAAAUCGGGAGAAUUAAUAAAAGUCCUUCGCCGUCAUAAAGAUGAGGUGUUUGUACUGGAAUCUCAUCCGAUAGAUCCUCGUGUUAUAUUAAGUGCCGGUCACGAUGGACAGCUCAUUAUAUGGGAUGUUCUAAAUACAGAACCAGUGGCUUGUUUUCAAAAUUUUAUCGAGGGACAAGGAAAUGGUGCGGUUUUUGAUGCAAAAUGGUCUCCUGAUGGAACAAUGAUCGCAGCAACCGAUUCUCAUGGUCACCUUUUAAUGUAUGGAUUUGGAUCUGGCGUAGAAAAAUUGAAAAUAGUACCAAAAGAACUCUUCUUUCAUACAGACUAUAGGCCAUUACUUAGAGAUAUAAAUAAUUAUGUUUUGGAUGAACAAACGCAAACAGCUCCCCAUUUAAUGCCACCUCCAUUCCUCGUUGAUGUGGAUGGAAAUCCAUACCCUCCUGCAUUACAAAGAUUAGUCCCUGGUAGAGAAAAUUGUCGUGGGGAACAAUUGGUACCUAAUAUAGCAGUAGGCGCUGGAGGAAUGCAAGAAGUUAUAGAAGGUCUUCCUGUGCAAGAACCAAGAUCCAAUAUUGAUAGAUUGAUUGAAGCUCUUGCACAGAGACAAAAUAUUGACGCAGAUGGUGAUUUAGGUGCAAAUGAUAGAGAAGAUAAUGCAGGAGAACAACCAAUUCGUCAAAUUGCUAGUCCUCGCGGCAGUAGGCCAGGCUUAAGGAGAGCAGGCGAUGUUGAAGGUGUUAGGCAAAGUAGUGGUAAUUGGCAAAGAGACAAUACCACACCUUGGAAUAAACCAAUUCUUGCUCGACCUAUGAAUCAAGCUACUAGGGAAACACAAUUUAAUUCGCUUCGUGCUAUGGCAGAUGUGGAAUUAGAAAAUUGGAGGCGAGAAAUGCGAAGUAGACCCCAACCUGCUUUGAACACUGCAGCCGUUCAGGAUAGUAUAGGGAAUAAAGUAGCAAAUCGAAAGCGUAAUAGAGGUGCUAGACACGGAUAUAGAACUAGAGCGGCACGAGACGAAGAACGGGACGAUGAAGAAUUUGAGAAUCCUGAAAACGGGGGAACCACAGGAAGUUCGGCUAGUAGUAAUAGUAAUGAUUCAACUGCAAAUGAAGAAGAUUUAUGUUCAGAUAGUUCUACUUCUGAAUGUAGUACCCAAUAUUCAGAUUGGAUUGCAGAUCAUGGUUUAAAUCUUGAACCUCCCAAACGCAGUAAACGUAAGCCUGUUAAAAAAAGGUCUCUUACUCCACCAAGCGAUACCGAUAGAAGACGCAAUAAAGGUCGUACAGCAAAGAAAGCAUAUAUUUAUAGUGAAGAUAUUACUGAAGUUCCUGAAGUUCUUCGACCUCCCGAAUGGCUCACCGAAGUAGUACCACGUAAAGCUCCAUAUUAUCCACAAAUGGGUGAUGAAAUCGUAUAUUUUCGUCAAGGUCACCAAUUUUAUUUAGACGCUGUUAGAAAUAAGAAAGUUUACGAACUUGGUCCAAAUAGUGAGCCAUGGGCUAAAAUGCGCAUAAGGGCGCAAGAGUUCGUGAAAGUAGUAGGUAUAAAGUAUAUAAUUCGUCCACCCCGACUUUGUUGUUUAAAGCUUGCAUUAAUGGAUGAAGAAGGCCGAUUUACUGGAGAAAAUUUUACAAUAAAAUAUCAUGAUAUGCCAGAUGUGUUGGACUUUUUAGUUCUACGUCAAACGUUUGACAUAGCAUUGGCUCGCAGUUGGUCGGAAGGUGAUAGGUUUCGUUGUAUGAUCGAUGAUGGAUGGUGGAUGGGACAAAUUCAAUCUAUGGAACCAUUAGAUGAAGAUUUUCCCGAAUCAUUUUUUAUGUGUUUCCGUGUACGUUGGGAUAAUGGAGAAUAUGAACGAAUGAGUCCAUGGGAUCUUGAACCGAUUGAUGGAGAUAGAUUGCCUGCUGAAAUUGGAGGAGCAGUUCCUGUGCUUCCAGAGGAGAUACAAGCUAUAUUGUAUCAACCUACUCCAGAGGAAUGGCCAAUGGGUGACAGAGUUGCAACAUGUCGUAGAAUUAUACGAGGCCUUGACCAAGUAAUGAGCCUCGCGAUAGCAGAACCUUUUGUGGCACCAGUAGAUCUCAAUGCUUAUCCUGGUUAUGCAUUUGUUGUACAAUAUCCCAUCGAUUUAUCAACUAUAAAAGCUCGUUUCGAAAAUCAUUUUUAUCGAAGAAUAACAUCUGCUCAAUUUGAUAUUAGAUAUUUAGCAACAAAUGCUGAGAUAUUUAAUAAACCUCAUAGUGGGAUAGUGAAAUGUGCAAGGAUAAUCACAGAUUUAUGUUUGCGUAUAAUAAAAGAAACCACGGAGUUAGACGUACCUGCAGUAUAUCAUCAAUUAGUCGAUACAUAUUGUUCAUCGGAAUCUGAUACAGAUAUGGCUGCGAAAGAUAAACCUUCAACGAGUACACAAAGAUCAACCUCUAGUAGAAAUCUUCGAUCGCAAGAAAUAUCGCAAGAUUGGAAAUUGGCAUGUCGACAGUUAUUGGAUACUUUGUGGCAGUGCGAAGAUUCAAUCCCUUUCAGAGAACCAGUCGAUAGGUUGGAACAUCCAGAUUAUCAUCAAAUAAUAGAUACACCAAUGGAUUUACGCACUGUAAAGGAAGAUUUGUUAGGUGGCAACUAUGAAACACCUUUGGAAUUUGCAAAAGAUAUGAAAUUAAUAUUUACAAAUAGUAGAAAUUAUAAUACAAACAAACGUUCAAGAAUAUAUUCUAUGACAAUAAGAUUAUCAGCAAUGUUUGAAGAACACAUGCGUAAAAUUGUUUCUAAUUGGAAGUCGGCAAGGAGACGUAAUAAUAAUGCGAAAGUAAAUGUGAAAACGAAAGUACAGAAACGAAAGCAACGUUUAACAAAUGGCACUGGACCAUCCAAAGGAAAGUUUAUAUGUACCGAAGAUGAAGAUAUAAAUACAGAAGAUGAAGGAACAGUUGUGCAACAAAAAAGAAAGCCUACUAAUCUGCAUGAACCAGGUCCAUCCCGAAUGACUAAUGGUGUUCAAAAACAAUCGGGUAGCUCAACGCGUUCGAUGAUAAAAUUGAGGAUUCCUAGAUCUUUGGUGCAAAGGAAAGUUAAAAAAAGUGACAGUGAAUUAAGUGAAUCCGAAGCAUCAUUGGAAAGUGAUAGCAGUCAUGGUCCUCCUGUACGACGAACUAGAGCAAGGAAAGCAGUAAGCAGUGAGAGUACAGAUAAUGAUUCUGGAGAAGUUUAUACUCCUAGUGGUCGUGGAAAACAGACUCGUAAAAACCGAAGUAAAAAUAGUAAAAAUAAUAGACAAGUGAAAUCAAAUUCUAAACAAUUUGUUAUUCCCGACGAUGAUGCAGAAGACGAUGCAGAGGACCAAGAUCAGUUUAUCUCGGAGUCUUCCGAUGAAGAAAGCGAAGAGGAAGUAAUUCAUAGAAGUAAUACAAGAUCACGAAAGUUGCCACAUGCGGCAGGAUCAAAACAUACAGCCAACAAUAAAAGAAAUAAUGCCUCUGAAAGUCAUUCCGAUGAUGAUGAAGAAGAAGAGGAGGAGGAGGAGGAGGAGGAGGAGGAGGAACAGUUGCAUCAUGGUACUAACAAUGAAGAUUCAGAUAGUGAUGAUACAGAUGAACUUGUAGAACCUUCAACAUCACAGAGAAAAUCGCGUACAUGUAGGGAAUCUGACCAUCGAGAUGUAUUAUCAAAUUCUAGGAGAAGUGGAAAGCGUGCACGUUAUAAUGAAGAAAGUGAUGAGAGUAGUACAGUACCAGUGAGAAAUAGACGUAAAAUAAAACGACGUUAUUAUGCUGAAGAAAGUGAUGAAAGUAUACCAGAACCUGGAAUUAGCAUAAGUAGUAGGGGUCGAGUGAGGAAAAUGACAGCUCGUGCACGUGCUUUUCUUUUAGAAUGACCUUAACAGCAUCUUCUAUGUUAGUAAUAUAAGAUGUACAUUGGAGUUCUAAUCAAUUUGCAAUUGUACAUAAAGAAAAACAUGAUAAUUUAAUAUGCAAUUUAAAAAUUCACAUUUUGAAGAUAGUGUAUCUAUAUAUAGAUGGAUAACACUAUAUGAAAAAUAUUUAGAUGAAUGCCAGAUGUAUAGCCUGAGAAUUACAGGAAAUUCAUAUGCAAAAAAGUGUAUACUUGAAACAACUAUUAACAGCAAUAUGAGUUUAAUACUCCUGCAACAAUGUACUUCCACUAUUAUGAGACAGAGAAAUAAAGGUAUUUUUUAAAGUUUAAGUGCAAGUGUAAAAAGACUACGAGAAAGAAAUGAAAGCAAAAUGAAAGCACUGUAAUCCGCCCUAUAAUACUCUUAUCACGUCUAUAUUAUUUAAUGACAUUUGAAUCAAUUGAAAAAAGACAGUUAAAGAUUUUAGAAGUGUGGAUGAUCAUAUUUUCAUAUAUGUUAAUUGCUGAUCUUCGAAACGAAUGAAGUGAAAAAAAUUAUUUCACUUUAUUUAGAGUUUAAAGAGACCUGUUUUACAUUUGCUAUUUACUGCACUGCACUGUAACCUCUGUUUGUAAUUGAUUUCAUACUGAUGUUAAUUAUGCGGAUUAAUUUCAAGCAUCUGUGUUUUUGCAUUUUUUUACUCAGAUCUGAUAAUAUCAACUAUAUUGAUUGCUCGUUUAAAAAUUUGAUUGCACAGUAAAAAAACAGCAAAGAGAAACAAUUCAAAAAUAUUUUUUAUAAACAUUUUAUUUAUCUUGGCUAAUAAAAAUAUCAUUCUGUUGUAGAAAUAAUAGAGCCUUGACAAAAAUUAUUUUCAUUUAUACGAAUUAUUAAGAAAAUUUACAAUUUAUCUUUUAAGAUGCACAGAAGUACCUUUUUGAAAUCAUUAAUGAUUGUACUUGUGUCAAUAUGAAUUUAAUUUCCGAAUAUAUGCAUAUUAUAUUACUUAAUUUAAUACUUAGAUUGUGUACUUGUGAUUAUAUAUAUAUAUA